AUGGCGCUGGAUGGAUCAAGCAGCUAUGUGGCUCCCAGCAACCUAGGGGAGCCCGCAGACUCUCUGCCCAUCUUCGACGUCCAGCGAGUGCAGCUGCAGUUCCCGAUCGCGGCGGACUUUGUGGCCGCCCAGGUGGCCAACAAUGUUCUCAUACUCGCGUUAUCGACCGGACGCAUUCUUCGAAUAGACCUUGAUACCCCUGAAGACAUUGAUGACAUCGAUCUUCCUAAGAAGUCCUCUGAAAUUGGUCUCAUCCGGCGCAUGUUCCUGGAUCCUUCUGCAUCCCAUUUGAUUGUCAGUACUACUCUGGGCGAAAAUUAUUACCUCCACACCCAGUCACGGCAACCUAAGGCCUUGUCCCGAUUGAAGGGCGUUUCGAUCGAAAGCAUUGCCUGGAACCCUUCUCUGCCGACUGCGUCCACACGUGAGAUCCUAUUAGGUACGACAGAUGGUAAUGUUUACGAGACGUACAUCGAGCCCUCCACGGAGUUCUAUCGGCGAGAAGAGAAGUAUGUCACGGCCGUCUACAAGGUGCCGGACGCCUCUCCGGUGACCGGAAUUAGUGCCGAGUCUGUGGCCUCGAGAUCAAACCAGCGAAGAAUACUUGUGGCAACAUAUGGAAAGCUGUUUCAUUUCCUUGGCCACGCCGGGGUUACAAAACACGGACGAGAUGGCGGCGGGUCGAUAUACACAGACCUGUUUCAGCGCGAAACGCCCUUGAUCCAUGAGAUCUCAAACCCGUCUGGAUCUGCACCCUCUUCCUUGAACCUCUCUUCAUCAUUUACCGGCGGGUAUCAGGCGGAAGGAUAUACAGACAAAGAAUUUGCAUGGCUUAGCGCGCAGGGAAUUUAUCAUGGUCAGCUUUCAUCUGACACCCCCUUCGACCACGCCAGUAUGCUGCCUCGAUCCAAAUUUCCCGCUUCCCAAUCUGCACGUGGAGGGCGAAAAUUAAUACAAGAUCCGAUCUCCGCGAUGACUUUGUCACAAUGGCAUGUCAUUGCACUAGUCGAAGGCCGAGUUGUUGCCAUCAACCGUCUGAGCGAGGAGAUCGUCUACGAUCAACCAAUUCUUGAGCCUCGACAACAGGCGCUUGGUAUAUUGACCGAUUUAACGCAAAACACUUACUGGCUCUUCACCCACCAGGAGAUCUUCGAGAUCGUUGCGAACGACGAAGAUCGAGAUGUGUGGAAGGUUCUUCUGAAGGAAAAGAAAUUCGACGAGGCACUCCAAUAUGCUAGAGGGAACACUCAGCGCGAUGCUGUUUUGACUGCAUCGGGUGACUUUCUAGCUAGCAAGGGCGAUUUCCUCGAGGCUGCGAAAGUAUGGGGAAAAAGCAGCAAAGGCUUCGAGGAAGUUUGCCUGACAAUGGUAGACAACAAGGAGUACGAUGCCCUGCGAAAGUACCUCCUCUCUCAGCUUUCGACCUACAAGAAGGCAUCUGUUAUGCAGAGAACUAUGGUUGCGAGCUGGCUCGUUGAGCUUUUCAUGUCGAAGCUGAACUCCCUUGAUGAUAGCAUUGCUACUAAAGCGGAGUUGAACGAAGGUGCAACUGAGGGAGACAUCAAAGAUGAACUAGGCAGUAUUCGGUCCGAGUUUCAGGAAUUUGUGAACAAGCAUAAAGCGGAUCUGGACAAGAAGACGGUUUACGACAUUAUAAGCAGUCAUGGCCGCGAAGAAGAGCUUCUGUUCUUUGCCACUGCCACGAACGACCACAACUAUGUUCUGUCUUAUUGGAUCCAAAGAGAAAAGUGGUCAGAAGCCUUGAACGUUCUACAGCGCCAGAGCCAACCCGAUGUGUUCUACAAGUACAGUAGUGUACUGAUGACGCAUGCUGCUACGGGACUGAUCGAAAUUUUGAUGCGGCAGACGAACCUUGAUCCAGAGCGAUUGAUUCCUGCACUGUUGAACUAUAACAAGACUGCCAGUGUGGCCCUCAAUCAAAACCAGGCGGUCCGUUACCUGAACUUCAUCAUUGUCAACCACCCCAACCCCUCGGCAGCUGUCCACAACACACUCAUCUCAAUUCAUGCCUCCAGCUCUUCUGCCUCAGAAGCCGGCCUUCUCACAUACCUCCAAUCGCAGCCAUCUUCGCCUCCCCCAUAUGAUGCAGACUUUGCCCUCCGACUCUGCAUUCAGCAUAAGAGAGUCCAGUCAUGUAUUCACAUCUACAGCGCCAUGGGCCAGUACCUACAAGCGGUAGAGCUUGCUUUAGAACACAAUGACAUCGAGCUUGCGGCCAUCGUCGCAGACCGACCUGAAGGCAACAGCAAGCUUCGCAAGAAAUUAUGGCUUCUCGUUGCGGAGAAGAAGAUCCGCCAACCCGGCACGGGCAUCAAAGAUGCCAUUGACUUCUUGCAUCGCUGUGAGCUUCUCCACAUUGAGGACCUCAUCCCGUUCUUCCCCGACUUCGCUGUUAUCGACGACUUCAAAGACGAGAUCUGCACCGCCCUAGAAGACUACUCGCGCUUGAUCGACAACCUUCGGCAGGAAAUGGAUAACUCGGCGCUGACAGCCCGCCAAAUCCGCUCUGAAAUCGCCGGCCUGGAUUCUCGCUAUGCGAUUGUGGAACCCGGGGAGAAGUGUUGGAUCUGUUCUUUGCCUCUGCUGAGUCGCCAGUUCUUUGUUUUCCCAUGUCAGCAUGCCUUCCACAGCGACUGUCUCGGUAAGGAGGUCCUGGAAGGGGCCGGGGGCAAGAAGAAGUACAUCCGGGAUUUGCAGGACCAAAUGAGCAAUGGAGACAUCUCAUCUGCCCGGAGGGAAGAGAUUGUCAAGGAACUGGAUGGACUGGUUGCUGAAGCUUGUAUUCUGUGCGGCGACCACGCCAUCAAGCAGAUCGAUAAGCCUUUCAUCACCACCGCGGAUAGCGCAGAUGAAUGGGCCCUCUAA